GUCUGAAAACAUCGAUUUGAAAAUUAGAGAAUGAGCAAACAAUUAACAUUUAUCGAGAAAUGCCUCCAGGUGCUGGCUGUGAUUCAAAUGUCGCUGAACAUUUGUAGCCAGCUUAUAAUCCUUCCACUAUUAUUGUAUAUAACUUUCUUUACAAAGUACUGGCUUUUUACUCUCUUGAUUGUAUUAUGGAGUUGGUAUGACCGGGAGACAGGAUUCAAAGGCGGUCGGAGUGUUAGAUUUCUAAGGGAGUUGCCGCACUUUAAAUAUCUUCGAGACUAUUUCCCACUUGAACUAGUAAAAACUGCAAAUUUGGAUCCAAAAAAAAAUUAUCUUUUCUGUAACCAUCCUCAUGGACUUCUUUCCACUGCAAGUUUCAUAAAUUUUUGUCUUGGCACUUCUCCAAGGACUGAGUUAUUUCCAGGACUUAAUUUUUUCAUGACUAGUCUGGAUGUGAAUCUGAAAUACCCACUUUUGAGAGAUUACGCAAUGAGUUAUGGUUUAAUAUCUUCAUCAAAAAGAACCCUAAAGUACCUACUCAAUGAUUCUAUCAAAGGCAAUGUUGUUAUCUUGAUGAUUGGUGGAGCAGAAGAAGUUAUUUAUACCAUUCCGGGAAAGAAUAAACUUAUACUAAAGAAGAGGAAGGGAUUCAUAAAAUUAGCACUGAACGUAGGGUGUUGUUUAGUGCCCGUAUUUCACUUUGGAGAAAAUGAUCUCUUCCAACUGAAGGAACCAAAACCAGGAACUUGGCUUUACACAGUUCAACAAUGGAUUAAAAUGAAAACCGGAGCAGUUAUGGCACUACCCAUGGGUCAAUAUGGCUUAUUCUGUGUUCCAAAAAGCGUUCCUUUAACUACUGUUGUUGGAAAGCCGAUACAUAUGCCAAAAGUUGCAGAGCCUACACAAGAACAGGUUGAUCAUUAUCAUGCAGUAUAUACAGAAGCACUUGUAAAACUAUUUGAAGAACACAAAUAUAAAUACAUGAAAGACCCAGAAAACUCACAUUUGGAGAUUGUUGAAUGACAAAUAAGAAAAAAAAAUGUCUUAGAGAUUAAAACUGAGAUUAUCAAGAUAACAUGUAGGUAUGUUUGAUGUAGACAAGAUUUAACUUUUAAUUAAUUCAUUAAAUGAAAAUAGCAGUCAUAUUUAAUUAUGAAAAAGUAGUUCAUCACCC